AAUCUGACCAACUCAAAGAAGCUCUGAAAUCUGCUUCAGUUCUUCUUGUCGAACGUGAAUGAAACUGAUUCACUCAUUCGGAAACUCACUUCUACGAAAGGAAACCGGUGGAACCUCCUGAAAGCAACAUGGGGAAACUCCUCAUAGCUCUGGGCAUUCUAUUCAUUCUACAUAAUGUUUCAUCUAGUAAGCUGGUGUGUCAUAUGACCAACUGGGCCCAGUACAGACCAAGUGCUGGCAAAUUCACUCCAGACAACAUCGAUCCCUUCCUGUGCACCCAUGUCAUCUACACUCUGGCCACCAUUAACAGCUUCAACCAGAUCAGCCCAGUUGAGUGGAAUGAUCAGCAGCUGUACAGCAGCCUCAACAGCCUCAAGAACGUCAACCCUGCUUUGAAGACUCUGCUGUCUGUUGGAGGAACGGUCAAUGGAGUCAGCCCAUUUAUUGCUAUGGUUGCCAGACCUGAGAGUCGUGCAGCCUUCAUCAGUUCUGUUAUCAGUUUCCUUCACACCCAUAAUUUUGAUGGGAUAAACCUGGACUGGGAAUAUCCUGGACACAAUGGCAGCCCAGUGGGGGACAAAGAGAAAUUUACUCUAUUGGUCACGGAGCUGGCCAAAGCCUUUGAGGAUGAUGCAAAAGACAGCGGGAGGAGUCAGCUGCUGCUGUCAGCCAGUGUUGCUGGAAUCCGUCAGACCAUUGACAGAGCAUACGAAGUCAACAAGAUUGUACCACACUUUGACUUCAUCAACAUCAUGACCUAUGACUUCCACGGACACUGGGAGGCAGUAACUGGACACAACAGCCCUCUUUACAGUAGCUCUGCAGACCCUGGUUCGCAAAUUCAUUACAAUAUAAACUCCUCUGUAUUCUAUUGGAUAUCCCUGGGAGCACCAUCUGGAAAGCUGCUGCUAGGUUUCCCUACUUAUGGAAGAACUUACCGUCUUAGCAGUGGUGCUACUGGCCUAGGAGCACCAGCUAAUGGCCCUGCAGACCCUGGACCCUACACUCAAACUGCUGGAUUCUGGGCCUUCUAUGAGAUCUGUGACUUCAUUAAUACUGCUAGUGUUGGAUGGAUCUCUGAACAAGAGGUUCCAUAUGCCACCUAUGGGAGUUCCUGGUUGGGCUAUGAUGACAAGCGCAGCUAUUCUUCCAAGGUUCAAUGGAUGACUGCCAACAAUUUGGGAGGUGCCCAUGUGUGGACUCUGGAUAUGGAUGACUUCAGUGGAUCCUUCUGCUCAGCUGGUGCAUAUCCUCUUAUCAACCACCUGAGGACGUUGAUGGGCUUUACGCCAAAGCCCACCACCACUCCACGCCCUACCACCACUAGGGACCCAAGUGCUGACUUCUGCCAUGCCCGUCCUGAUGGGUUAUAUGAAAACCCAGCUGACAAAACCACCUUCUUCCAGUGUUUCCAGGGAAACACCUACCUGCACCGCUGCCAGCCUGGCCUCAUUUACUGGGACUCCUGCAAGUGCUGCAACUGGCCCUGAGCCACAGCAACAUAAACUACAGAGCACAACAUAAUAAAUGUUUAAGGCAAUCAGUUAUGUUUCAGUAAAAUCUUUUCACAGCUCAUGCUAAAACAUCCUGGGUUUCAGCAGGAACAAAAUAUACAGUGGUGUGAAAAAUUGUUCACUUCCUGAUUUCUAUUUUUUUGUAUGUUUGUCACACUUAAAUGUCUGAGAUCGCUGAACAAAUGUUUAAAAUGUUCAACAUUUUGAGGAUGUUUAUUAUUAUUAGGGGGGAAAAAAUACAAACCUACAUGGCCCUGUUUGAAAAAGUGAUGCACCCCCCCUCGAUUGCAGUUGCUGCUGCUAAAAGGGUGGCCCAGUCAGUUAUUAGGUUUAGGCAGCAAUCACUUUUUGUUGUUCACUUGGUUGGCUGUUGUAAAGGGGUUUCACUUGACCAUGGAAAUGAUUCUGCAAUCAUCCACCACUGUUAUCUUCUGUGGACGUCCAGGUCUUUUUGUGUUGUUUAUUUAACCAGUGCUUUCAUUCUUUCUCAGAAUGUAACUAAUAUUUUUCCAGGAUUUAUCAUCAAACUGUUUUUGCCACUCCUA